CGAUUUCGGUCAUCGUUGGUAUCGGAGAUGCUCUGCAAGUUUGAGAUGAGGCUUUAUAAGAAAUUAUCAUUUUCCCCUCCGCUGUUUAAAGCUAGCCACAUAUUAGUUUCACUUUGUUUUACACCAUGGACGCCAGAAAUGAUUCAUGGACAUUACAUUUUGGAAUACGUGUUACUGGGUAGCAGCUAGCUAACUUGCUUUUACUAGAAUACACGUUAGCUAGCAAUCGAAUGAAAGAAAGGUCUGAAGUUAGCUAACUUUUAUGAAAAGCUAGUAACCAUGUGUAGUUGACUUACUGUUGUUGGCUAUCUAGCCAAAGACAGACAUUUGAUACAAUGUUGUUCAGCUAGAGCUGUGGAACUUACUUAGAAGCUUGGUAAAACUUAACGUUACUCAGAAUAACACUCACGUUAUUUUAGCUAGCUACUUGCAAUAAAGGAAACCAAGUAUUUUACUUGCUUGUUUUUAGCUACCUAGCUAGCAUUCUUCUGACUACCGUUGUCAAACCAGAUAACGUUAGAUAGCAAGAUUACAUCCUUGAGAAGUCUGUCGCCAGCCAAGUUACUCGUCUUGGGUAUUUUAUUUUCGUUUAAAGUUGCGCCUCAGUCAGGAGCCAGGAUAUUAUUGACAAGAGGCUAACAUUAGCUUUCAUACUGGUUCAGUGGUUGAACUUGUGGUGGCAAGGCUAGCUCCCAUUGCUAUAAUAGUUGGAUUUCGUCCUCCGUUAGCUAGCUGUCUUGAAUGACAGGGACUUUCUUGCAAAGAUCAUCGGACCAUGUUUUUGUACUGGUCUUACUUUUAAGGGACCAUUGUUAUUAGCUAAAUACAUAGCUAGCUAAACAAGUAAAUUGCUGAGGAUGCCUGGCUCAGAAAUUAAUCUUUCAAAUGCUGAUUUGGGAGAAUUUGACUCAGAAAGUCUCCCUUCAAACUCCGGUUUGGGAGACUUGCCAUGGCUUUGCAUGGUUACGCUGUUCAUUGCCUCCAUCAUUACAUUGAUACUGUAUCUAGUACAGUAUUUUUACAGCGAUCUACGGAUACAGAUGCCUGAGCAAAACAAUGCUGGUUCGGGGGAAGCGGACGUUCUGUUGGGAUGGGCGCUUUCACUGAACAGUUGGAAAAGUCAAUGGAGAGGGGCUUGGUGCAGAGCUUUGAAUGACGAAUCGACGAAGUCUGGGUGCCCAGUGCAACUAAUAUUAGAAGAGGAUGGCCUCGAGUCAUCAGAACUGGUGGUUGGCCAAGUGUCCAGCUUCAAGAAGUCUGCUAGUCAGAAGGCUGCACGAUGCAAGGUGGUCGGGGACAAGCUUCAGUUCUCCCUCAGUGCUUCACCAUCAGCCAUGUCUCCAGGAGAUCCCUGUAGGUACAGCGUAAAGAUAUCUCCACUUGAACUGCAGUUGGACUUGCAGAUGAGGGAGGCUGAAGGGCAGGUCCAGGUGGUCUGGGGGGUGUGCCAUCUCGAGACUUGGGACCUGCAGCUCAGCCCCAGCUUCACACAGGACCAUGCCACAGGCCCCGGUGUGGCUGCAGUAAAGGACAGGCUGAGACAGCUGCUGUGUGCGGUGCGUCCCUCCAUUAUGCUGAGUUGCAGGCCUGCUCAGGCCACAGAGGUCAAGGAGGCCCGUAACAAGGUGACAUCACCGCCCAAGCCCCCCCGCGCUCACGACUGGAAGCUGCUGGUAAAGAAUAUCCGGGUAACGUGUAAGGAGCAGGAGGACGGUGCUGCAGGCAGUCUGAAUCCCCUGUGUGUGCUGCAGCUAGAUGACCCUCCACAGAAACUCUCCACUUCAGUCCUACAGAACACAGCCAGUCCAGCCUGGGACCAGCCCUUCAUCUUUGAGCUGAAUGGACGAUCAAAAGAGCUGAAAAUUCAGCUGCUUGAUGAUGGGAAACCGCAGGAGAACUCCUUACUGGGUCAAGUGUCUGUGCCUUUUGAUCUGGUGAAGAAGCAGCCCAAAGGACAGCAAACAUUUACACUCAUGACCAAAGAUCAAGUGACAGGGUCACUUACUGCUGAGUUGACCUACCUGAAACCCAGUGAGGUGCGGUCGUGGCAGUCCCCUACUCCAGCCCCCACUAAGAGAGUGGAGAUGGACCGCACGGUCAUGCCCUGCGGUACUGUGGUCACCACAAUCACUGCAGUGAAGAGUAAACCAGGUCGACCACUACUGCCUGGACUAAAUAUAACCCAGCAGACCCCCUCCAAUCCUCCCAGCGGCACCAAGUCCAAGGUGUCAGGACGAAGGGUGUCGGCGCAGCCGUCCGUGCUGGGGAUCAUGGGGAGCAAGGCCUUGUCCUCCUCCGACACAGAGCUACUCAUGCUCAACGGGACCGACCCCGUUGCCGAGGCUGCCAUCCGCCAACUCCACGAGUCCGCCAAGCAGAAGCUCAAGUCCCCGGUCAAGAAGAGCACCAUCAUCAUCUCAGGAGUGACCAAGACUCCUCUGUCUCAGGAUGAUGAGAUGGCUCUGAUGGCGGGCUAUGCUGCUGCGAUGGACGCCUCUAUGUCGGAGGGGGGAUCUCAGGAGAUCGCUGUGGCAACUGCAUCAGUAGUAAAAGCCAGUAGCAAACCCCUGGAGGUGUCGUCAGACCCCCAGGAGGGCCCCAGUGGAGUGGCCCAGGCUCAAGCCCAGCAGGCCCCGGAGGACUUGGAGUGCCAAGCAGGACAGGGCACAGACCAAGAUCCAGACAAAACCUCCAUGUCACUAUGCAUCUCAGAGUCUGGAUCCAAAAAGAGCAGAGGAGGUAGCUUCCUGCACAGGAGUGCCAAGCUGUUCUUCCGCCGGCGCCGCCAGUGCAAAGACCCGGGGAUGAGCCAGUCGCACAACGACCUGGUGUACUUGGAGCAGCCUUUGACUGUAGACCGGGAGAAACGCACGUCCACCUUCAGCCGGAUGCUGAACCGCAAGCUGCUGCCCACGAGCAAGAGCACAGCCAACGGCUCCACCACCACCCAAACAGUGACACCCGUUCCUACCCCAGGGGAGCAGCAUGCAGCCUGACCCCCCCACUCCACCACCCCUACCACCCUCUCCUUCCCCUCUAGGCCUCCAGCCCCCCUCUACUUCCCCUACGAUGGUCCUCUACCCCCCCCUCCACACCACCACCCUCUCCUUCCACUCUGAUAGUCCUCCACCCCCCACUCCACCACCCUUUUCUUCCCCUCCGAUAGUUCUCCACUCCACCACGCUCUCCUUCCCCUCCGAUAGUUCUCCACCCCCACUCCACCACCCUUUUCUUCCCCUCUGAUAGUUCUCCACCCCCCCCACUCCACCACCCUUUUCUUCCCCUCCGAUAGUUCUCCACCCCCUCCCACUCCACCACCCUUUUCUUCCCCUCCGAUAGUUCUCCACUCCACCACUCUCCUUCCCCUCCGAUAGUUCUCCACCACCCACACUCUACCACCCUCUUCUUCCCCUCCGAUAGUUCUCUACUCCACCACGUCUCCUUCCCCUCCGAUAGUUCUCCACCACCCACACUCCACCACCCUUUUCUUCCCCUCCGAUAGUACUCACCACCCUCUUCUUCCCCUCCGAUAGUUCUCCACUCCACCACGUCUCCUUCCCCUCCGAUAGUUCUCCACCCCCUCCCACUCCACCACCCUUUUCUUCCCCUCCGAUAGUUCUCCACUCCACCACUCUCCUUCCCCUCCGAUAGUUCUCCACCACCCACACUCUACCACCCUCUUCUUCCCCUCCGAUAGUUCUCUACUCCACCACGUCUCCUUCCCCUCCGAUAGUUCUCCACCACCCACACUCCACCACCCUUUUCUUCCCCUCCGAUAGUACUCACCACCCUCUUCUUCCCCUCCGAUAGUUCUCCACUCCACCACGUCUCCUUCCCCUCCGAUAGUUCUCCACCCCCUCCCACUCCACCACCCUUUUCUUCCCCUCCGAUAGUUCUCCGCUCUACCACCCUUUUCUUCCCCUCCGAUAGUUCUCCGCUCCACCACCCUUUUCUUCUCCUCCAAUAGUUCUCCGCUCCACCACCCUUUUCUUCCCCUCCGAUAGUACUCACCACCCUCUUAUUCCCCCGAUAGUUCUCCACCCCCUCCCACUCCACCACCCUUUUCUUCUCCUCCGAUAGUUCUCCGCUCUACCACCCUUUUCUUCUCCUCCGAUAGUUCUCCGCUCUACCACCCUUUUCUUCUCCUCCGAUAGUUCUCCGCUCGACCACCCUUUUCUUCUCCUCCGAUAGUUCUCCGCUCGACCACCCUUUUCUUCCCCUCCGAUAGUUCUCCGCUCUACCACCCUUUUAUUCUCUUCCGAUAGUUCUCCGCUCUACCACCCUUUUCUUCUCCUCCGAUAGUUCUCCGCUCUACCACCCUUUUCUUCCCCUCCGAUAGUUCUCCGCUCUACCACCCUUUUCUUCUCCUCCGAUAGUUCUCCGCUCUACCACCCUUUUCUUCUCCUCC